AUGCCCCACGGGCGGGCAGACGGCCUUCCGGCAGGUCCGCCCCACGGCAUGCUGGGAAAUGUAGUCCACGGGGCCGCCGGCGAGGCCGCGGGAGGUGGGGCGGAGAACGCAGGUGGACAGGGAGGACGAGUGCUCUAUGUCUCCCCAGCCAGAGACGACACGUCCCCAGCGGGUGGACGUGACAUGGCUGCAGGGAUCCGGAAGGCCGUGCCGGGCUCUCCCUGGAGGACCCCUGAACCCCGAAAGCGGCCGGAGGCUCCGCGACCCCGCGGCUCCCAGGCCGGGCCGGAGCAUUGGGAUGCCAUCUAUGAACGAGAACUGCAGACUUUUCAAGAAUAUGGAGAUGCAGGAGAAAUCUGGUUUGGAGAAGAGAGUAUGUAUCGAUUAAUCAGGUGGCUGGAAAAACAGAAGAUACCAUUGGAUGCUUCAGUACUAGACAUUGGAACUGGAAAUGGUGUUUUCCUGGUUGAGCUUGCAAAAUUUGGUUUCUCUAAUAUUACGGGAAUUGAUUACUGUCCUUCUGCAAUACAGCUUUCUGGACGCAUUAUUGAGAAAGAAGGUUUAUCCAACAUUCACUUGAAGGUAGAAGACUUUCUGAAUCUUUCCACACAACUGUCUGGAUUUCAUAUUUGCAUUGACAAAGGCACUUUUGAUGCCAUAAGCCUUAGUCCUGACAAUGCAGUUGAGAAGAGGAAGCAGUAUGUGAAAUCUCUCUCCAGGGUAUUGAAAGUCAAAGGCUUUUUUCUAAUAACUUCAUGUAAUUGGACCAAGGAAGAGUUGCUAAAUGAAUUCAGUGAAGGCAGCGCUGCGAGUUGGGAAAGCAGCGCUCUUUUCCCCAAGUGUGACAGCACUUGCCUGGACGCCCCGCACGCCACUGCCGAGGACCCAUCGCGGCUCUUGUGA